CGAGCCUCCACGCUGCUCCCCAGACUUGUACGUCAGGAAGGAAGGAGAGGAGCCUCUCUCCAUCAUGGCUGCCACCAUAGACAACAGCAAUGCCGUUCAGGCGACAAAGAGAAAGCACCUCGGGAUCCCCGAGGCUGUGUUCGUGGAGGAUGUCGACUCUUUUAUGAAGCUGCCAGGCAACGAGACGGCAGAUUCAGCACUGAGGAAGCUGGACGAACAGUACCAGAAAUAUAAAUACAUGGAGCUCAACCUGUCUCAGAAGAAACUCAGGUUGAAAAGCCAGAUCCCACAAAUCACACAAACGCUAGAAAUCCUACGGCACAUGCAGAAGAAAAAGGAGACCACAACGCCCAUGGAGACACACUUCCUAUUGGCUGACAAUGUUUACUGCAAGGCCUCAGUGCCGCCCACUGACAAAGUCUGCCUAUGGUUAGGGGCUAACGUCAUGUUAGAGUACGACAUUGAUGAAGCCCAGGCUCUCCUAGAGAAGAACCUAUCCACGGCAUCCCGUAAUCUAGAGACGCUCGAGGAUGAUCUGGAUUUCCUGCGAGACCAGUUCACCACCACCGAAGUCAACAUGGCACGAGUCUACAACUGGGACGUGAAGAGAAGGAGCAAAGAAAACCUCCUCAAAUCAGCAGACAAGUCUUAAUAUCGACAGGACAGCGUCCACAUCCCCCUUCUGCUAAUCUUCUCCUUUAGUCAACAAAAAUACAACCCCAACCCCCACCCCACCCCACCCAGAUCAUGUGUAUGUUCACCACAGAGCUCGACAGAGAAGAGCGCAUGUUUGAAAUAUUUCUAAGAAUGUGCUCGAUUUAACUCAUUGAGAUGAUUCAAUCAAGCACACUUCGUUAUUAGAUUUUGAACAUGCCCUCUACUAAGUCAAGAUCAGACAUCCACCACUACUGUUUUCUGUUGAUUUGUUACUUUUUAAAGUAUUUUUUCAAGUAAAAACUAACAAAAACAAAGGCAACGAGGCAAUUUUUGUAUUCUUUUUAAUGAUUUAAGUAUGUUCCUGUUACCUUGGCAGACUAACAAGUGAGGGUUCUCUCGCAACGUCUUUUCUUUCCCUGCAUCUAUCCCUCCUUACUGACCUGCACUUGUUUUUGUUUCUCCUCAACUUGCAGCAACUUUCACAUAUAUAUGAGACUUUUUACAUGAGUUGUUAAUUCUUGAAACAGUUGCCAUUAUACUGAGUAAAAUCAGGCUUGUAGGACGACAAAGACCACAACAGAAAAAGAAGAAGAAUACAUAAAACUAGUUCUGCCUCAGAGGGAUUAACUGUACUCCUGCUCCGCACCUGCUGCUCCUCCUCCGUCCCUCGACUUUUCCACACUCAACCACCUCCUCUUCCUCCUUUUAGCCGCUGUUCUGUCUGUAUUUAUUUGUCUCUCACUGUAUUCAUUAAACAAUGAAUGAAGUAAAAGAAGAACAUUUGGGCAAAGAGAUGAGACCUUGA